CUUCUCCUUCUAUAAAGCUCGUCAGUCAAUGUUCAUUGCGUUUGCACAAGGGGGAAGAUCAAGAAGAAGAAGAAGAAAAAGAAAAGAAUAUGGCGUCGUCCCAGAUAAUCGAUCUGUUGAAGGUGGAGCUUCCGGUGGAGCAGGGCGCGUCUCUGGUUCUCACGGGCGACGUCAAGACCGGUCUCGUCCUUGUCGACGUCGUGAAUGGCUUCUGCACCGUCGGUGCCGGCAAUCUGGCUCCAAAAGUGCCCGAUAAGCAAAUUUCUGGAAUGGUCGACGAGACAUUGAGGCUUGCCACAGCUUUUUGUGAGAGCAAAUGGCCUGUUUUCGCUUUUUUAGAUUGUCAUCAUCCUGAUAUCCCUGAACAUCCAUAUCCACCCCACUGCAUAGCAGGGACUGAUGAGACGAAAUUGGUUCCCGCCUUGCAGUGGUUGGAAAACGAACCAAAUGUAACUCUUAGGCCCAAGGAUUGCAUUGAUGGUUAUAUUGGUUCUACUGAAAAAGAUGGCUCCAAUGUCUUCAUAGAUUGGGUUAAAACGAACCACAUCAAAGCUAUAUUGGUUGUAGGUAUAUGCACGGAUAUAUGUGUUCUAGAUUUUGUCUGUUCUGCAUUAUCUGCAAGGAACCACGGUUUUCUCACCCCUCUGGAGGAUGUGAUUGUGUAUUCGCAUGCCUGUGCUACUUUUGACCUUCCCAUUCAUGUUGCCCAAACCAUUGAAGGUGCUAUGGCUCAUCCACAGGAACUGAUGCAUCACAUUGGCCUGUACAUGGCUAAGGGAAGGGGAGCCAGGGUGGUCUCUGAAGUGUCGUUUGAAUGCAUGAAGAAUCCAUGACCUUAGCUCGGUGUGUGAGUUCUGGAGUUGACGUCGUGAAGUUUAGAUGGGAUCUCUUUCAUUAUGUAUAAAUGCUUACAUGUGAUCGUCAAGACUGAGUCAUUAACAAGUAUGAAGCCUAUUGAUAUGCCCCUUGUAUAUUUGGAUGAUACGUUACAAUAUAAUUGUGCAAUCUUAUUAUAUUAUGUAAAUAACAGUUGGUGUUUCCUUUGACGACCGAGUCAUAUAACAAAUAUGAAGCCUAUUGAUAUGCCC